CGGUUGUGACUUCAGCAGGUGACUUUGUGACGUUAGCCCUUUUUAGCAUCCUAUGGUCGGCGCUCAGUACACAGGGAAGGCUCUGCAAUGAUAAAUGAUGGUCACUCAGUAGUGACGCCAUGUAAAAGGGAAGAAGCACGAAGCCUCACGAUAGGUAUUACACACACGUCAUACAGCAGCUCAGGCCAUGAAAACAGCCUUCACUUUACUGUGACGUCACGUGCUGCUGCUCAGACACACGCGCCCUCUGGUUGCUAGGGACCCGCUGACGUCACUUCCUCUUCCGGGUUCAGCCUUCCGCACGUGUGCUACAUGUACAUAGUGAACCCAUCAUCGUGAGUGCUGCUCAAAUACCAGAAUGGGUAAACUGAGAAAGAGACAUAAUUGGAAGGCAAGACAACAAGGGCAAUGUACAGAGGACAAGUCCGAACCUAAACUAGAUGUGCAGGUGGAAGUAGAAGGAGCUGAAGAGCUAAAAGGUGUAGACAAGAGCAACGCAUUAGUGUUACCAUCCAAAAAAUCCAAAGAAAAAAAAGCUGCAAAGAGUGUUCACACCAAAAAACCACUGAGCCGAAAACAGAAGAAAGCUCUGCAGAAGGUUUUAGAACAGAAAGAAAAAAAGAGUCAGAGAGCGGAUAUCCUCAGUAAGUUGAAUGAAGUACAAGCCUCUGAGAAAGAACUGAAGCUGUUGUAUACAACCUCCAAGUUGGGCACGGGGGAUCGAUUGUACAGUACUAAACGGACAAUUUCUGAUGUUAACAGUCAAGCAUUGCAAUGCAUAAAUAGCAUCAGCGGAGCCAAUAAGAAGCGAAGGCGAAAAGCUCCAAUAGAAGAUGAUGGGGAACAGACAGACAGUGAGAUUUCUUCUGACAGUUCUGGUGAGGAAGAGGAGAGCACUGCAGCUGAGAAGAUUGAAGAAAAGGAUAGAGAUAAUAUCAGUUCUCCUGUAAAGCCCAUGGACACAGAGGUCUCACAGAGUAUCCCAGCAGAAUCUAAGCCAGAACAUACUGAGAAAACAUCUAAAGACAAGCCUGAUCCCCCAUCCUCACAGCCAGCAAUAUUCAUUCCUUUGGACAGGUCUCCAGAAAUACAGGAGGCCAGGUUAAAGCUUCCAAUCCUGGCUGAAGAACAAGUCAUUAUGGAAGCCAUUAAGGAAAACCCUGUUGUUGUGUUAUGUGGUGAGACAGGCAGUGGAAAGACCACUCAGGUGCCACAAUUCCUCUAUGAAGCUGGCUAUGGAAGUGAAAAUGACAUAAUUGGCAUCACAGAACCUCGUCGUGUAGCAGCAAUUUCCAUGUCACAGAGAGUGGCAUUUGAGAUGAAUUUACCUCAGAAUGUUGUUUCUUAUCAAAUCCGAUACGAAGGAAAUGUUUCUUCUGAAACAAAAAUAAAGUUCAUGACAGAUGGUGUACUGCUAAAAGAAAUUCAGAAGGAUUUCUUGCUUACAAAAUACAGAGUAAUAAUCAUUGAUGAAGCUCAUGAACGCAGUGUCUACACCGAUAUUUUAAUUGGACUUUUAUCUCGCAUUGUUCCUCUUCGUACAAAGAAAGGAAUCCCAUUAAAGUUAAUUAUCAUGUCAGCUACUCUGCGCAUUGAAGACUUCACUGAAAACAAAAGACUAUUCCCCAUUACUCCACCAGUGAUUAAGGUGGAUACCAGACAGUUUCCAGUCACAGUUCACUUUAAUAAACGGACUCCACUGGAUGACUAUGCAGGGGAAUGUUUCAGAAAAGUCUGCAAGAUUCAUAGAAUGCUCCCAACAGGAGGAAUCUUGGUGUUCCUCACAGGUCAAGCAGAAGUACAUUCACUAUGUAGGCGGCUGAGAAAAAUGUUUCCUUACCGAGGAAAACAAGGACAUAAAGCUGUAGAUGAAAACGAGGAGGAUGAGCAAGAAGCAGAAGCUCUGAAAGAGUUUAAGAAGUCAAAACCUAAGAAAAAAUAUUUGAACCUUCCUAAAAUCAGCUUGGACAGUUAUUCAGCUUUGCCCAUGGAUGAAGGGGAUGAAGAUCGGGAGGCUGGUGGAGAUGGUGAAGAGGAGGGAGAGGGCUCAGACUUUGACUUGGAUUUAGGGGAUGCUGGAUCAGAUAAAGAAGAAGAAUCCGAUUCCUCCCUUCCACUUCAUGUAUUACCAUUGUAUUCCUUGCUAGCUCCCGAGCAACAGGCCAAGGUCUUUUGCCCCCCACCAAGUGGCACUCGGCUUUGCAUUGUGGCCACCAAUGUAGCAGAAACAUCUCUUACUAUUCCCGGUAUAAAAUACGUCGUUGACUGUGGAAAAGUAAAGAAAAGAUUCUAUGAUAAAGUUACUGGUGUCUCCUCUUUCCGUGUGGACUGGACUUCCCAAGCUUCAGCUGAUCAGAGAGCUGGAAGAGCAGGACGUACUGAGCCCGGUCACUGCUACAGGUUGUAUUCUUCAGUUGUCUUCAGUGAUUUUGAAGAGUUUUCCCAACCUGAAAUAAUAAGACGUCCUGUAGAGGAUUUGGUUCUACAAAUGAAAGAUCUGAACAUUGAAAAGGUGGUAAAUUUCCCUUUUCCCACACCACCUUCCAUUAAUGCUUUGGUAGCAGCAGAGGAGUUAUUAAUUGCUCUUGGAGCAUUGCAAGAGCCUCCCAAAACUGGCAGACUAAGAACAAUGCAGAAAAAUAAGCUUAGUUGUCCAAUCGCACCCCUAGGAAGGACCAUGGCAUCUUUUCCAGUGGCUCCUCGAUAUGCUAAAAUGCUUGCUCUUGGAAAACAGCACAGUUGUUUGCCAUAUGUUAUUACUAUUGUGGCAGCCAUGACUGUCAGAGAGCUGUUUGAGGAAUUGGACAGGCCAGCCCUUAAUGAUGAAGAGAAAGCAGUAUUAAAAAGCAAGAAGGCCCGAGUGUUGCAGAUGCAGAAGAUAUGGGCAGGACAGGGCCCUGCACAAAAACUUGGUGACCUUAUGGUUAUGCUAGGAGCUGUGGGUGCAUGCGAAUUCUCCGGAUUAACACCAACAUUUUGUGAACGAAAUGGCCUCCGAUUUAAAGCCAUGAUGGAGAUAAGACGUUUAAGAGGACAGCUAACCACAGUAGUCAAUUCCUUGUGCCCCGAUGUCUCCACUUUCCUUGACUCCAAGAUGCAACCCCCAACGGAGAGCCAAGUGAAUUAUCUGAGACAGAUUGUAAUGUCUGGUUUAGGAGAUCACAUAGCUAGACGGAUUCGUCCAGAAGAACUUCUUAAUGAUGAAUGGAGAAAUGCAUAUAAGACUCCCCUCCUUGAAGAUCCAGUUUUUAUCCAUCCAAAUUCUGCUCUCUUCAGACAACUUCCUGAUUUUGUAGUUUUCCAGGAAAUUUUGGAAACAACCAAGCUGUUCAUGAAGGGUGUUUCCUCCAUUGAGCCAGAGUGGAUUCCUGCCCUGCUUCCCCAGUAUUGUCAUUUUGGAGACCCUCUAGAAGAUCCUGCUCCCUAUUAUUGUCAAGUGUCGGGAAGAGUGAAGUGUUACAGACAAAGUACCUUCUAUCGAUGUGGAUGGCAGCUGCCUGCUGUGGAGGUGGAUUAUCCAGAAGGUCUUGACCGCUACAAGUAUUUUGCAAAGUUUUUACUAGAAGGAAAGGUGAUCGAAACCCUGGGGUCCUACACUAGUAUUUUAUUAUCAAAUCCUGUAACAAUGCUGAAAACAUGGUCUAAGCUUCAGCCUAGAACAGAAAUUUUAUUAAGAGCUUUGGUUUCUGAAAAAGCAGACAAUCUGUCCUCAUUGCAUGCAGCCUGGAAAAGUGAUCCUAAAUAUCUUUUACAUGCAUUUUGUCAAUGGAUUCCUGAAGCUGUACAUGCAGAUGUCGCCAAAGCCUGGCCACCAGUUUCUUUUUGAGUCCAUCAACCAACCAUAUUAUUAUAGUUUUUAUGUUUUAUGAAAAAAACAGGAAUUGCUUAUGUCUGAAGUGAAAACAUUAACAUCUCAUGUGCCUUGAUAUUUACAGUGAUAGUAAUCAGUAAAUAAAAGAUUCUGAGUCUAAGGCUGCUUUCACACUAUAAAAUUCAUCCGUUUUAAAGAUCCGUUUGAUGUUCCGUUAUGAAAACCCUGAAAAUCGGCCA